AUGGAACAAGUUAUAAAAUCAAUUUUUUGUUGCGCUGGAGGUGAUUCAAACUCCAACAAUCAACAAGAUUCAAUUGCUAAAUCAACAAAUAGAAACUAUAAUUCAUCUCAAAUUAAUUCAAAUAAUCAAAGCUCAAAAAAUUCAUCAACAAAUAAUAAUAAAACCAAUAAUAAUAAUAAAUCAACUCAACCGAAAAAUCAAAAUAAUAAUUCCAUGAAUCAACAAAAUACUAGUCAUAACAACCAUAAUCAUCAUCAUCAUCAAAGAAAUAUUCAAAAUAAUGAUAAAACUGAUGUUAAUGUUUAUGAAGCUACUGAUAGUACAUUAGAUACAAAUGAAGAUAAACGUCAAAGGAAUGUUUCACAAAAUAAUAAUCAAGAUGAUGGUAAAAACGAGCAAGAAAGUUCAAUAGAUUUAGGUCAUGAAUCUGAUAUUGAUAUGAAUGAAAAUGAAACUUUAGAUGAUUUUUUCGAUUUAACUAAAAUUCAACCAGGUCAAGCUCAUGCAUCAACUGGAUUUUUAUUAGAAAAAAUUGAACCAAAAUUUAAAGGUAAAAAAUGUUUAGUUUUAGAUCUUGAUGAAACUUUAGUUCAUUCUUCAUUUAAAGUUUUAAGACAAUGUGAUUUUAUUAUACCUGUUGAUAUUGAUAAUCAAAUUCAUAAUGUUUUCGUUAUUAAAAGACCUGGUGUUGAUGAAUUUUUAAGAAGAGUUGGUGAAUUAUAUGAAGUUGUUGUUUUCACUGCUUCUGUUUCAAGAUAUGGUGAUCCUUUAUUAGAUGAAUUAGAUAUUCAUAAAUCAAUUCAUCAUCGUUUAUUUAGAGAUUCUUGUUAUAAUUAUCAAGGAAAUUAUAUUAAAAAUUUAUCACAAAUUGGAAGACCUUUAGGUGAUUUAAUUAUUUUAGAUAAUUCUCCAGCUUCUUAUAUUUUCCAUCCUCAACAUGCAAUUCCAAUUUCGAGCUGGUUCUCGGAUGCUCAUGAUAAUGAAUUAUUAGAUAUUAUUCCAUUUUUAGAAGAUUUAGCAAAAGAUAAUGUUGAAGAUGUUGGUUUAGUACUAGAUAUAAAUCUAUGA